ACUUCGAAUUUGAUACCGAAUUCGGACGGUUGGGUGUACACCCAACCGUCCGCGAAUGUUCAGGAGGGGUUGGGGGGGGGUCGGCGGAGGAGGAGGAGGACGACGAGGAGGAAGAGAAGGAAGAGGAGGAGGAGGCCGAGGAGGAGGACAAGGAGGAUUCGGGGGAGGAGGAGGAGGAGGAGGAGGAGGAGGAGGAGGAGGAGGAGGAGGAGGAGGAGGAGGAGGAGGAGGAGGAGGAGGAGGAGGAGGAGGAGGAGGAGGAGGACGACGAGGAGGACGAGGAGGACGAGGAGGACGAGGAGGACGAGGAGGACGAGGAGGACGAGGACGAGGAGGAGGAGGAGGACGAGGAAGAGGAGGAGGACGAUGUGUAGGAGGAGGAGGAGGAGGGGUAGGAGGAGGGGUAGGUGGAUGAGGAGGAGGAUGGGUAGGAGGUAGUGUAGGGGGGAAAUAAGUAGU